CCGGCGACUGAGGGGACCCGACGCCUCCCCGCCGGGCGCGCCCUCCGCCCCGGGCCGCAGAGAUGGCACAUCCUCAGGUAGUCACACGUAGCUGCAGCUUCCACGAAGAGGAAAAUGGCUGCACUUGUCAGCAGCAUGCAUCCCCGUCUGCGGAGCUUCUAUUAGAAGACCAGAUGAGGCGAAAACUCAAAUUUUUUUUCAUGAAUCCCUGUGAGAAGUUCUGGGCGCGAGGUAGAAAACCAUGGAAACUUGCCAUACAAAUUCUAAAAAUCGCAAUGGUGACUAUACAGCUGGUCUUUUUUGGGCUAAGUAACCAGAUGGUGGUAGCUUUCAAGGAGGAGAACACUGUAGCGUUCAAACACCUCUUCCUGAAAGGAUAUACAGACCGAAUGGAAGACACAUAUGCAGUGUACACACAGCGUGAUGUAUACGAUCAGAUCGUCUUCGCCGUGAACCAGUACUUGCAGCUGCGCAACAUCUCAGUUGGGAAUCACGCAUACGAGAGCCACGGUUUGGAGCCGUCUGCCAUGGCGGUCUGUCAGAACUUCUACAGGCGAGCAACCAUAUGUCCUGGGAAUGACACCUUCGACAUUGAUCCAGAAAUCGAGACAGAGUGUUUCUUUAUAGAGCCCCAAGAGCCUUUUCAUAUUGGGACACCAGAGGACAAUAAACUCAACCUAACACUGGACUUCCACAGGCUCCUAACAGUGGAGCUGCAGUUUAAGUUGAAGGCUAUUAAUCUGCAGACAGUUCGUCAUCAGGAGCUCCCUGACUGUUACGACUUCACUCUGACAAUAACAUUUGACAAUAAGGCCCAUAGCGGAAGAAUUAAAAUAAGCUUAGAUAAUGACAUUUCCAUCAGGGAAUGUAAAGACUGGCACGUAUCUGGAUCAAUUCAGAAGAACACUCAUUACAUGAUGAUCUUUGAUGCCUUUGUCAUCUUGACCUGCUUGGCUUCGUUGAUCCUCUGCGCCAGAUCUGUGAUUACAGGACUUCAGCUUCAGCAGGAAUUUGUCAGUUUUUUCCUCCUCCAUUAUAAGAAAGUAGUUUCUGUUUCUGACCAAAUGGAAUUUGUCAAUGGAUGGUACAUUAUGAUUAUUGUGAGUGACAUACUGACAAUCACUGGAUCAAUUCUGAAAAUGGAGAUCCAAGCUAAGAGUCUAACAAGUUAUGAUGUCUGCAGCAUAUUUCUUGGGACUUCUACCAUGCUGGUGUGGCUUGGAGUCAUCCGAUACCUCGGUUUCUUUGAGAAGUACAAUCUCCUCAUUCUGACGCUUCAGGCGGCACUGCCCAAUGUCAUGAGGUUCUGCUGCUGCGCAGCUAUGAUUUAUUUGGGCUAUUGCUUCUGUGGAUGGAUUGUGCUGGGGCCUUACCAUGAAAAGUUCCGUUCUCUGAACAGGGUCUCUGAGUGCCUUUUCUCUCUGAUCAAUGGAGAUGAUAUGUUUGCCACAUUUGCAAAGAUGCAGCAAAAAAGUUACUUGGUCUGGCUGUUUAGCAGGAUUUACCUCUACUCAUUCAUCAGCCUCUUUAUAUAUAUGAUUUUAAGUCUUUUCAUUGCACUGAUCACUGAUACAUAUGAAACAAUUAAGCAUUACCAGCAAGAUGGCUUCCCAGAGACUGAACUUCAGACAUUCAUAUCAGAAUGCAAGGAUCUGCCCAACUCUGGAAAAUACAGACUAGAAGAUGACCCUCCAGUGUCCCUAUUCUGCUGCUGUAAAAAGUAGCUCUCAGGUUUCCUGCUCUAGAGGAAACAUAACGUGUAGCUGAGUUGGGAGAUUAUAUGGAUAUUAUUAGAUGAGGUAUAAUAUAUUUGAAGGCUAUUAUUUUGAGCUAAUUAGUAGCUAUAAUUCACUAAGAGCUAUGUUUAUAUUUUUAAAAAGCAAUAUUUCAUGUCUUUGCUUCUUUUUACUGUUGGUUUAAAAAAAAAGUAACUAAUGUGAAUGAGGGAAACUAUUGGAUUAUUGUUCCUCCCUGUUUAUGACACCUUAGCCUGAGAAUGUGUUCCCAAUGCGCUCCUUAGUUCAUGUUCUCUUGCUUCCAGCUGCUCUGGGUGGAUUGUGGCAUCAGUGCAUCAGUGGAAAAGAAUCCCUGAUCUGACAAUGACUUUGAACCACUUGGUGACAUUGGCCUGAAUCACUCCCACGUGCCCAUCCAGGAGAUGGUGGAGUGGGAGUGGUUAAUAUGUGUAUCCAGUAAUCAUUGCAUUUUAAAAUCUUCUCUUAAAGAGCAGGAUAGAAAAAAUGACCAUCACCAGCUAACAGUGCAAUCUUUGGUUCUGUAGGACGACUGUUACUUGAUUCUGCUUUUACUUCUGGAGAGGAUUAGAUUUUUAAGUAUUCGUUUAUGUUUCCUCCCCAUCAAUGAUAAAUGAAAUACAAAAUUGAAAGAGCA